GCAUAGUCGUAAAUCCAGCAAACUUAGUCCCUUCUCUUUUUCCUCCUCGCCGGCAAAGUUUCCGUCGUUGCUUCUCUUCACUCCCACCACGAAGAAUCUAAGGGGCGGUGAAGCUUAUCUUCAAAAGCUACACAGAGGUAGCAGUCGUGAGCAGAAUCGCACCAACGAUGCAGUUCCGCCAUCGGAUCAAAAGCGGGUAAACGGUGCUCCGAUUCUUCAAGCAACCCCUUCUUCCGUCCCGGAGACCACUUCUUCGGUGACCUCUUAUGCUCCGAUCUCUGUUACGAAUCGUUCGGAUUACAUAUCCUCAGAGGAGGAGUACCAAGCGCAGUUAGCCCUAGCGAUCAGUGCGUCGAAUUCCAGUCCUGUGAGGUUCCGGAGAAGCAUCAGAUCCUAGCGGCGACGCUUCUGAGCUUGGGAAGCCGUUACCGGGUGGAGUCAAGGAGGGAUUAAUCGGAGGUGGUUGCAGAGAGCUUAUCGAGACAGUACUGGCCUAUCCGCAGACUCAGCUAAGCAGGGAGAUAUGCCAGUGCCAUCACUCGAAGAUCUUGAAAGCAACCAUGGAACACGUGGCUUUGAAGCUGUGGUUGUGAAUCGACCCAUUGAUCCUUCCCUGGAUGAGUUUCUUCAAAUUGCGCAAUGUAUUGCACUGGAUUGUCAUUCUCCAAGUCUUAACGUGCUGGUUACAGAGGCUGGCUGAACUUGUCACAGGGCAUAUGGGUAGGUCUGCGAAAGAUUACAGUAUAGUAUCGGCAAGGUGGACUGAGAAGAGUACUGAGUUCAGGGCAGCACUAAACACUUGUGUAUUCCGUCUUGGAUUUGUAAAUAUUGGUCUCUCCAGGCAUCGUGCUCUGCUUUUCUAGGUUUUGGCAGAUAGUGUCAGGUUGCUUUGUAGGUUGGUAAAAGAUCACUGCAAAGUUGUCAAAGAUAUACCCAAAGAAUGUGGAAGCUCCUGCAGGUGGUGUUGAUGACAUGAGAAAGUUGUCUUACCUGCACGAACCUGGUGUCCUUCAGAACUUAAAGAUCAGAUAUGAACUUAAUGAGAUCUAUACAUACACAGGAAACAUCCUUAUAGCGAUUAAUCCUUUUCAACGGUUGCCUCACAUCUACGAUGCCCAUAUGAUGCAACAAUACAAAGGAGCACCUUUUGGAGAACUAAAUCCUCAUGUUUUUGCUGUCGCUGAUGUUGCAUACAGGGCCAUGAUUAACGAAGGGAAGAGCAAUUCGAUUCUUGUAAGUGGUGAGAGCGGAGCUGGAAAAACUGAAACCACUAAGAUGCUUAUGAGAUACCUUGCGUAUUUAGGAGGUCGUGCAGUUACAGAGGGAAGGACUGUUGAACAACAAGUUCUUGAAUCAAAUCCUGUCCUUGAAGCCUUUGGUAAUGCAAAAACUGUGAGGAAUAACAACUCAAGUCGCUUUGGUAAAUUUGUUGAAAUCCAAUUUGAUAAGCAAGGAAGAAUAUCUGGAGCUGCCAUAAGGACCUAUCUUCUAGAGAGGUCUCGUGUGUGUCAAAUCUCUGAUCCGGAGCGCAAUUACCACUGCUUCUAUCUUCUUUGUGCAGCACCCCAGGAGGAAAUUGAAAAGUACAAGCUGGGCCAUCCAAAGACCUUUCAUUAUCUGAACCAGUCUAAGUGCUACGAGCUUGUCGGUAUAAGCGAUGCUCAUGAUUAUCUUGCCACAAGGAGAGCUAUGGACAUUGUCGGAAUUAGCGAAAAUGAACAGGAAGCAAUUUUCAGGGUGGUUGCUGCAAUUCUUCAUAUUGGAAAGUCGAGUUUACUAAGGGAAAGGAAGUGGAUUCAUCAGUUCCUAAGGAUGAUAAGGCGAAGUUUCAUCUCAAGACAGCAGCAGAACUUCUCAUGUGUGAUUUAAAAGCUCUUGAAGAUGCAUUAUGUAAACUUGUUAUGGUCAGACCCGAGGAGGUUAUCAAGAGAAGUCUCGAUCCAGAGAGUGCUGUUACCAGCAGGGACGGUCUCGCUAAGACAGUCUACUCUCGAUUGUUCGAUUGGUUGGUAAAUAAGAUUAAUAACUCGAUUGGACAAGAUGCGAAUUCAAAAUGUCUAAUUUGAGUUUUGGACAUUUACGGAUUUGAGAGCUUCAAAACUAACAGUUUUGAACAGUUCUGUAUCAAUUUCACUAAUGAGAAGUUGCAGCAACAUUUCAAUCAGCACGUUUUCAAGAUGGAACAGGAAGAGUACACAAAAGAGGCAAUAGAUUGGAGCUACAUUGAAUUUGUGGACAACAAAUUGAAGCUGACAUGGAAAAGCUGAAGCUGGUAUCCUUGAUUUUUGAGGGGUGCACUGGUUCAAGGAAGAGAUGGAUAAAGCACCAUUCUCUGAUUGGUUACAGUUUACAGACCGCUUGUUGGACAGAUUUGCAGGGUCUAGUGAUACUGAACCAGUUUCUGAGAUUGCUCCAAUGGCAGCAACUUUGUGUUCCCCUCCAGAAUUGUUACCGACACAACAAUCAACUCCAAGGGUUCUUAUCGGGGCAAUAUCAACUGAUGCAGCUGAACUAUCUGACAAUGGCUUCAUGAGAAAGAAAGUGUGCAGAAUGAAACCGAUUUCAACUAUUGAUCCUGAGAACGAUUCAACCGAGUUAUUAUCAGUUUCACAUGUCAAUGACGUGGAUGGGUUGUAUCUGAAUGUCAAGGAUGAAGUGGUUCUGCAGACAAAACAAGUUUCCGCAAGUGUUCUUGAGUCAUAAUUGUUGCUGCAGAUGGAUUCAUCCGCAUUGAUUCUGAAGCAUAAACUGGUUCCAUGGAUUGUUACAAAAAAACAGAACUGAUGUGUGUUACAGAGUCAAUUGCAACAGAGACAAUACAUGCUGCUACUGAACAAUGUGACUUAAGAGGAAAUGAGUUCCCUGGUGGUGUGAACAAGUUCUACAUGAAGCACAAAUGGACAACCAGGACUAUAGAGCGAGACGAGAAUGAGAAAAUAAGAACUACAUCAACGAAGAAGUGGUCAACAUCUUGGAGAUUCAGGCGCAAAAGCAGAGCUGGGCCACGAAAUAAACUCAUCAUCGUAGUUGCAGAUAAUGUGGAGAUUGCUUGUGUCUAUCAACUAGGUGGUCAUAGGUUUCGACGAUUGGAGUAUAGCACAACGGGGUAAGAGACGGUUGGUUCAGUUGAAAGUGAAACAAAGUUUUACAGAGUUAAGAGACGACAACUUUAUUGUGAACCAAAGAGGAAGCAUUGCAAAUCUUGGUGUUUCACGUACAAACCUGAGAAA